GCCCCCCCUCCACAAAUCCCCCCUCUUUUGGGGGGAGGACCGCCCCCCUCCCCCGCCGCGAAGAUGAACCGGACGAAGCCCGCGGCCGCGCGCCGCCCCAGCGCCGUCUCCAAGCCCUCCGGCCACCCUCCUCCGGGGGACUUCAUCGCUUUGGGCUCCAAAGGCCAGGUGGGAGAGUCCAAGGCGACCGCCACCUUGCUCAAGCCGACAUCGUCCGGGUUGCCCUCCGAGCGGAAGCGCGAGUCGGCGACAUCUGCUUUGUCCAGCACCUCCGGGCUGGCCAAGCGCCCUAAACUUUCCUCCACGCCCCCUCUCAGCGCCCUGGGACGUUUGGCCGAGGCCGCCGUGGCUGAGAAGCGAGCCAUUUCGCCUUCCAUCAAAGAACCGUCAGUCAUUCCUAUCGAAGUGGCCCCCAACGCUCUGCUGGACGAGAUCGAGUCCGCCGAAGCUGAAGGCAACGAUGACCGCAUCGAAGGGGUGUUAUGCGGAGCCGUGAAGCAGCUGAAAAUGAAUCGGGCCAAGCCUGACAUCACCCUCUACCUGACUUUGAUGUACCUGGCGAAAAUCAAGCCAAACAUCUUCGCCACGGAAGGCGUGAUUGAGGCGCUGUGCAGCCUUCUCCGCCGAGAUGCCUCCAUCAACUUCAAAGCCAAAGGGAACAGCCUGGUGUCCGUCUUGGCCUGCAACCUUCUCAUGGCGGCUUAUGAGGAAGACGAAAACUGGCCUGAGAUAUUUGUCAAGGUUUACAUGGAGGAUUCGCUGGGGGAACGGAUCUGGGUGGACAGCCCUCACUGCAAGACCUUCGUGGAAAACAUCCAGACGGCUUUUGGCACCAAGAUGCCCCCGAAAAGUAUUAUGUCGCACGGAGAGGUUGGACGCGGUGGAGGAGACCUCAGUGCUGGAAACAGCCCCCAUCCUUCUGUUCCAGAGGAAGAAGACAGUCAGAGUGAACUGUUGAUAGCCGAGGACAAAAUGAGCCCUGAGCAGGAAGCCCACCUGAUGCCCAGGUAUGACGACCUUGCGGAGAGUGUGGAAGAAUACGUUCUGGACAUGUUGCGGGACCAGCUCAACAGACGCCAGCCGAUGGACAACGUCUCCCGGAAUCUCUUGCGCCUUCUGACCGCCACCUGUGGCUAUAAGGAGAUCCGGCAGAUGGCUGUGCAGAGGCUGGAAAUGUGGCUGCAGAACCCCAAGCUCACUCGACCAGCCCAGGACUUGCUCAUGUCUGUCUGCAUGAACUGCAACACUCACAGCUCCGAGGACGUGGAGGUGGUCUCCAACCUCAUCAAGAUCCGCCUGAAACCCAAAGUCCUCCUCAAUCACUACAUGCUCUGCGUCAGGGAGCUGCUGAACGCCCACCAAGACAACCUGGGAACUGUAGUGAAGUCGGUGAUUUUCAACGAACUGUCCAACGCCAGGAACCCCAACAACAUGCAGAUCCUGUACACGGUCCUUCAGCACAGCCCGGAACUGGCGCCAAAGUUCCUGGCCAUGGUCUUCCAAGACUUGCUGACCAACAAGGACGACUACCUGAGGGCCUCGCGGGCCCUCCUGCGGGAGAUCAUCAAGCAGACCAAGCACGAGAUCAACUUCCAGGCUUUCUGCCUGGGGCUCAUGCAGGAGCGGAAGUUGGCCCAGUACGCGGACAUGGAGUUCAAGGAUCGCUUCGUCAUCCACAUCACAGACCUGCUGGCCGUCUCCAUGAUGCUGGGUAUCACCGCCCAGGUGAAGGAAGCCGGCGUGGCCUGGGACAAAGGCGAGAAGAAAAAUCUGGAAGGGCUGCGGGCUUUCCAGAACCAGAUCGCCGCCAUCCAGCGGGACGCUGUGUGGUGGUUGCACAUGCUGGUGCCGUCCAUCACCAAGCUGGCUCCGAAAGAAUACAUACACUGCCUGCACAAAGUCCUGUUCACAGAGCAACCUGAGACCUACUACAAAUGGGAUAAUUGGCCCCCGGAGAGCGACCGCAACUUCUUCCUCCGCCUUUGCUCCGAAGUGCCAAUCCUUGAGGACACCCUGAUGCGCAUCCUGGUCAUCGGUCUGUCGCGGGACCUUCCCCUCGGCCCCGCCGACGCCAUGGAGCUGGCCGACCACCUGGUGAAACGGGCAGCAGCCGUGCAGGCGGACGAUCUCGAAGUCUUGAGGGUGGAGCGGAUUCAACUGAUCGACGCCGUCUUGAACCUGUGCACUUACCACCAUCCCGAGAACAUCCAGCUGCCUCCGGGGUACCACCCUCCAAAUCUGGCUAUUUCAACCCUCUACUGGAAGGCUUGGCCCCUGUUGCUCGUGGUGGCUGCAUUCAAUCCGGAAAACAUCGGUCUCACGGCUUGGGAGGACUAUCCCACACUGAAGAUGCUAAUGGAGAUGGUGAUGACCAACAACUACUCCUACCCUCCCUGCACUUUGACUGACGAAGAGACCCGUACGGAAAUGAUCAGCCGCGAACUGCAGAUCUCCCAGCGGGAGAAGCAGGAGAUCCUGGCCUUCGAGGGCCACCUGGCCGCGGCCUCCACCAAGCAGACCAUCACGGAGAGCAGCAGCCUCCUCCUGUCCCAGCUGACCAGCCUGGAUCCCCAGGGACCUCCUCGCAGGCCGCCUCAGCCUGUCCUGGACCAGGUGAAAAGCCUCAAUCAGUCCCUGCGCCUGGGGCACCUCUUGUGUCGUAGCCGGCACCCCGACUUCCUGCUCAACAUCAUCCAGAGGCAGGCUUCUUCGCAGUCCAUGCCGUGGCUGGCAGACCUCGUCCAGUCCAGCGAGGGCUCGCUGGACGUCCUCCCAGUCCAGUGCCUUUGCGAGUUCCUCCUGCACGACGCGGCGGAUGAGUCGGCCUCUGGAGAGGAGGAAGAGGAAGGAGAAAGCAAAGAGCAGCGGGCCAAGAAGCGGCAGAGGCAGCAGAAGCAGAGGCAGCUGCUCGGCCGCCUGCAAGACAUGCUCCUCGGACCCACCGCCGACGAGCAGACCACGUGCGAGGUGCUGGACUACUUCCUGAGGCGCCUCAGCUCAUCCCAGGUGGCCUCGCGGGUGCUGGCCAUGAAGGGCCUGUCCUUGGUGCUUUCUGAGGGGGCCCUCCCCGAGAAGGAGGAGAAGGAGCACCCGAUGGAAGAAGACCCCUGGGACUUCAAGCUGCUUCAAAGCUACCAGUGGCUUCUGCGAGACCUGCCCAAGCUGCCCUUGUUCGACAGCGUCCGGACCACCACGGCGGUGGCUCUGCAGCAGGCCGUCCACAUGGAGACAGACCCCCAGACCAUCAGUGCUUACUUGGUGUACCUUUCUCAGCAUGCCCCCGUGGAGGAACAAGGCCAGCAUAACAACUUGGCUUUGGACGUGGCCCGUCUGAUAGUGGAGCGUUCCACCAUCAUGUCUCACCUCUUCUCGAAGCUCUCCUACUGCUUGGAGUCCGACUCCGUGUUGGUGGCUCUGCUCUCCAUCUUCUCGCGCUACAUCAAGCGCAUGCGCCAGACCAAAGAAGGCGACGAGGUUUACAACUGGUCGGAGUCCCAAGAUCAAGUCUUCCUUCGCUGGAGUGGAGGAGAAACCGCCACGAUGCACAUCCUGGUGGUCCACGCCAUGGUGAUUCUGCUGACCCUCGGACCCCCUCAAGGUGAAGGAAGGCUUGCUGUGCAAGCGACCCACAGGCGCCACGCUCCCCAAGACGAGGCCUUCUCCUCGCUGUUUUUCAAAGUCCUCAUGCAGAUGUUGCAGUGGCUGGAGAGCCCAGGGGUGGAAGAUAGUCUUCUCCGGACGCAGCUCAAGUCCUUCGCGGUUCAGUUUUCAUCCCAACAUAGGAUCAGCGACGCCCAGGUGGGGUUCUUGCACCUGGCGGACGCGCUGGCCUUCUGCCACAACUCUGAAGUCAUCGGCUCCACCGUCCGCGCCAUCGUGAGCACCUUGAAGUCCAGCAAAAGGUGGAAUGUGGAUCCAGAGCUUGUCAGCAAAGUCCUCGAAGGCCUGACCAAAACACGCUCGCCAUAUCUGGAGGAGCUGCUGGUGACCCUCUUCUCCGUGGCCACGGAGAUGACGCCCCAUUUCCCUACUUCUGGGCCCAUCUCGGUGGUGACAUCCCUACUGCUCCAGUGCAGACAGGAAAGCUGCCUUAAGAAAGAAGCCGAGAACUCCAGUGUGGAAAGCGCCUCUGGUCUCUUCAUCGACUGGUUGGAGUUGCUGGAUCCAGAAGUUGUCAGCAGCUGCCCUGACCUCCAGCAGAAGCUGCUGUUCUCCCGGGAUAAGGGUAAAGAUUCCUCUGAAUCGGAGCCCCUCUCCUUCCGUCCGUACCUUCUGGCGCUCCUGACGCACCAGUCCAGCUGGACCACGCUUCACUGUUGCAUCAGGACUCUGCUCUGCAGAAGCCAAGAGUGCAGUUUUGACCCAACGGCUUCCUUGGAUUUCUUGUGGGCCUGCAUUCAUAUGCCCCGGAUCUGGCAAGGGAGAGACCAAAGGAUCCCACAGAAACGCCGAGAAGAGUUCGUGCUGCGCCUGAAGAGCCCCGAACUGCUGAGCUUGGUGGAGCUCAUCCUGGCGGAAUCGGAAAGCCGGUCCACGAACCCCAAGGAGACCGGCUGCUCCGUCACCCAGUCCCGGCUGCCGCUGCUCCUGAGUUGCUGCCAUGGGAACACGCAGAGGAUCCAGAAAGUCACCGAGCACCUGAUCUCCUCCAUCCAGAAGUGGGGAAAGAGCUCCAUGGGAAGACACUGCCAAGACCUCCUGCUACAAAUGUACCUUCAGCUGCCGGAGCUCUUGGUACCGAGGCCCGAGACUCUCUUGUCCUGCGAAGGGGCCACCGACAGCAGCCCCUGCAAGCUGGACAGCCUGAUCCACCGGUUCAUCACCCUCCUGGCCGAUGCCGGCGAUGUGAAGAUGAGCGAAGGCCGGCUCUGGGACGCCAAUAUGGCAUGUCGGAAGCUGGCCGUGGCUCACCCCAUCCUCCUGCUCAGGCACCUGCCGAUGAUUGCCGCUCUGCUGCAUGGCCGGAUCCACCUCAAUUUCCAGGAAUUCCGCCAGCAGAAGCACCUCGCCUUCUUCCUCCACGUGUUGGGCAUCCUGGAGCUCCUGCAGCCUCAAGUUUUCCAGAACGAGCACCAGGGGGCGAUGUGGGACUGUCUCCUUUCCUUCAUUCAGUUGCUUCUGAGCUACCGGAAGUCUUCUCGCCACCUGGCCUGCUUCAUCACCAAAUUCGUGCAGUUCAUUCACAAGUACAUCACUUCCAAUGCUCCGGCCGCCGUCUCCUUCCUGCAGAAGCACUCCAGUCCCCUCCAUGACCUUUCCUCGGACAACAACGACCUGGCGAUGCUGAAAUCUCUUCUGGCUGGUCUCAGCCUGCCCAGUCGGGCUGGCGCUUCGGAUCGGGGAGCUGAAGAUGAAAAGAACGAUGAGGCCGCAGCUGGAUCUUUGCCCCUGGUCAGCGUCUCCCUCUUCACGCCACUCACCCCGGCUGAAAUGGCCCCCUACAUGAAGAGCCUGUCCAGGGGUCAGAACGUCGAGGAUAUCUUGGAGGUUCUGACCGACAUCGACGAGAUGGCUCGGCGGAGGCCGGAAAUCCUUGCUUUUUUCUCUACUCACUUGCAAAAACUGAUGAACUCCGAAGAGGAAGCUUGCCGGAAUCUGGCUUUCAACCUCGCUCUGCGCUCCAUUCAGAAUAAUCCCAGCAUUGCAGCUGAUUUCCUGCCCACCUUCAUGUACUGCCUUGGCAGCUGCGACUUCGAAGUUGUCCAGACCGCCCUGAGAAACCUGCCCGAAUACACCCUGCUCUGCCAAGAACACGCGGCUGCCCUGCUGCAGAGGGCCUUCCUGGUGGGCAUGUACGGACAGAUGGACACCAGCACCCAGAUCUCAGAAGCCCUGAAGAUUUUGCACAUGGAGGCCAUGAUGUGAAGGGUGGAGCAGCAGAUCCAAAGGCGGACGUUGUCUCAGGUGGCCGGCUGGCCCUUCUGUGGACAAGGCCAACAUCCACGAGCUGGAAGUUUUCCGACGGAAGAAGAGACUUGGAAGGAUCCCAGGAUGGGUUUCCCUUCUGGAUCCUGGCUUGAUCGAGAAGGAAGAUGUUUCCCCAUCCUCACAUUCCUUCAUCCACGGUGGUCACAGGCCGAGCAGGAGGAGUGAUUUGAUUUUGAGGAUACAGAGCUUUAAAAAAAAAACAGAUAUUGGGGGUGCUUUGUUAAACCCUUCCUGGGGAUCAGAUUCCGUCCCAUAGAACAGGGGUGACAAACCUUGGCAGCUUUUUAAAGGCUUGUGGGCUUCAACUCCAAGAAUUCGGGGAAAUUGAAGCCCGCAAGACUUCAAAGUUGGCCAAGGUUGGAAACUUUGGCAGUAGAACGUCCAAACGGUCUCCUUUUCUUACCCCUUUUUAAAAUUAAAACAUUGUGUUUCGUG